GCAUCAUAUAAAAGGCGAGUCCCAAAGAGUAGCGAAGAAAAGCCUCUCUCUCUCUCCUUUGUCUCUGCGCCCUGUGCUAGGGUUUCCAAUUUAUCCAAAAUAUACAACAAUGGCCGACGAAGCUCAGUACUCUUCUGGUCCAGACUCUGUCACCAAUAACAAACGCAAAUACGAAGAACAAACCACUCCACCACCGCCUCGUCGACCCACUGGAUUCUCUGCCCCAAUCACUUCUUCCUCUCCCGACUCCUACAACAACGUUCCUCCACCGGUCGAUGAGAUCCAGCUAGCCAAGCAACGAGCGCAGGAGAUCGCUGCUCGCUUGUUCAAUAACGCUAGUGCUGGUGCUGGUGCUGGUGCUGGGGCUUCUCCUCUCGAUACUAAGCGCCCUAGGGUUGAGAAUGGCGGCAGUGGCUUUGAUUCUCCAAGUGAUUAUAAGGGACAACAAGGUUCUUUGUCUUCGCAGUCUUCGAUACCAGUUUCGUAUGGAUUUCAGGGUUCGAGUAAGAAGAUUGAGAUUCCAAAUGGUAGGGUUGGUGUAAUUAUAGGUAAAGGUGGUGAGACUAUAAAGUAUCUUCAGCUUCAGUCUGGAGCCAAGAUUCAAGUUACUAGGGAUAUGGAUGCGGACCUGAAUUCUUCGACUAGGAUGGUGGAGCUUAUGGGUACUCCGGAACAAAUUUCAAAGGCUGAACAGUUGAUAACAGAUGUUCUUGCUGGGGCUGAAUCAGGUUCAGGAGGUCAGGGCAUGGUUACUCGGAGGGCAGGUAGUCAAUCCGGAUCUGAUCAAUUUACAAUGAAAAUUCCUAAUAAUAAGGUUGGUCUUAUUAUUGGUAAAGGAGGAGAAACAAUAAAAAAUAUGCAAGCUCGGACUGGAGCUCGUAUUCAGGUGAUUCCUUUGCAUCUUCCCCCUGGUGAUACAUCAAAUGAAAGGACAUUGCAGAUAGAUGGGACCAGUGAACAAAUUGAAAGUGCUAAAGUGUUGGUUAAUGAAGUUAUCAGUGAGAAUCGUGCUAGAAAUUCUUCAUUGUCUGGAGGAUAUUCCCAGCAAGGUUAUCAAGCUCGACCACCUUCAAGCUGGGCCCCACCAGGGGGUGCUCCUCCAAUGCAACAACCCGGUUAUGGCUACGGGCAACCUGGUGCCUAUUCUGGUCAGUCACAAUAUAAUAUGCCACAGACUUCUUAUCCUGGCUACCCUCAGCAAGCAUCUGGUGGCUACCAAUCCAAUUGGGACCAAUCAGGUGCACCGCAAUCUCAGCAAGCUGCUCAAGGAGGUAGUUAUGAUUACUAUGGCCAACAACAAGCAACACAAGGUGGCUCUGCUGCUCCAGCCGAUAAUUCUGGCUACAAUUAUGGCCAGCCUCCAGCUUCUGGCUAUCAGCAAGGACAAGGUUAUUCUCAAGAUGGUUACGGUGGAUAUCAUGCACCUCAAUCUGGAUAUGGUCAGCAGCCUUCAUACGAUCAGCAAGGCUAUUCUGCUGCUGGCUAUGGUGCGAGCAAUUCGACAGAAGCACAUGCUGCCUCGUACGGAUCCCAAGGGGAUUCAACCCAAGCUCCUGGCCAAUCUUCAGCUGGUCAACAAGGAUACAAUGCUAGUCAACAGCAGCCUAGCCCAAGCCCAGGAAGCUAUCCACCCCAAGGAGCUACUCAGCCAGGUUAUGGAGUCCCACCAACUUCACAAGCUGGUUACGGGGCUCAACCUGGUGCUCCUCAGCCUGGCUAUGGCUCUGGUUAUGGAGCACCUCAAGCAAAGCCACCUUCAAAUGCCCCAGUUUACGGUCAAGCAACUCAGUCACCCACCGCACCAGGUGCUGCAGGGUACAGUCAAGCAUCUCAGCAGCCCAGCUAUCCUCAUUCCCAGCCACCAAGCGGUUACGCUCAACCAGAUUCAAGCUCCCAGCGUGGCCCCCCAUCUAGCUACGGUGCUGCUGCAGCAGCAGCUUCUCAGCCAGGAGGGUAUGGUCCACCUUACGGUGCAGCGCCUCAAGCAGGUUAUGGACAGGUUCCACCAUAUAAUAAUGCCUCAUAUGGCAGUGGCUAUUCACAACCGCCGGCUUACGCUUCUGACGGAAGUGGUGCACCGGCAGCUUCACAGAGUUCCCAACAGAGCGGUGUUGCGAAAACGUCUCCUCAGAGUUAGUGCAUCGGUGAGAAUUUGGAUGUUUAUGUGUUUUUGGUUGUUUUGAUCGUUUGGUCUGUCCACUCUAUUGCUGUAAUUUUUAACUAAACUUAGGUUGGUAGUAGGGGUCUAUAGUGUUAUGAUAAAUUAGUGACUUUUUAGUGUAUUGCUACAAAGUUCCUUAUAUUUUUGGUUAAAUGUUUUUUUUUUUAAUUUGUUAAAUUUAAUUUUGUGGGUUAAAAA